UAUAUUCAGCAAAAAAAAGACUGACCCUCACAACAAUUUCUCGACAAUGGCGGCUGCUUCUUCCAUUCUCAGAUCGACCUUCGUCUCUCCCUGCCCCCAACCCAAUCCGCGCCGACCAUCCAAGUCCCCGUCACGUGCCUUCCACCCGAUCAAAGCCGCCGCCGCCGAUGGCCCAGCCGCGCUGCACCAGAAGAACAACCGCCGCCCCGCGGACGAGAACAUUCGCGACGAGGCGCGACGGCUCAGCUCCUCCCACAACUUCUCCGCCCGGUACGUCCCCUUCGGCGCCGACCCCGCCUCGACCGACGAGUGGUACUCGCUCGACGAGAUCGUCUACCGCAGCCGCUCCGGCGGCCUCCUCGACGUCCAGCACGACAUGGACGCGCUGAAGAAGUUCGACGGCCAGUACUGGCGCUCCCUCUUCGACUCGCGCGUCGGGAAGACCACGUGGCCGUACGGCUCGGGCGUCUGGUCGAAGAAGGAGUGGGUCCUGCCUGGGAUCGCCAGCGACGACAUAGUCAGCGCUUUCGAAGGUAAUUCCAAUCUCUUCUGGGCCGAGCGUUUCGGCAAACAGUUUCUAGGCAUGAACGAUCUGUGGGUGAAGCACUGCGGGAUUAGCCACACCGGCAGCUUCAAAGAUCUGGGAAUGACUGUUCUGGUCAGCCAGGUGAACCGGCUGAGGAAGAUGAACAAACCGGUGGUCGGCGUCGGCUGUGCUUCAACCGGAGACACAUCCGCCGCCCUAUCAGCCUACUGUGCUUCCGCCGGAAUCCCCUCCAUCGUCUUCCUCCCGGCAAAUCGGAUAUCAAUUUCCCAAUUAGUCCAACCCAUAGCCAACGGAGCUUUUGUGCUGAGCAUAGACACAGAUUUCGACGGAUGUAUGAAGCUGAUUCGAGAAGUCACAUCUGAACUCCCCAUUUACCUGGCCAAUUCACUCAACAGCCUGAGAUUAGAAGGCCAAAAGACGGCCGCCAUUGAAAUCCUUCAACAGUUCGACUGGGAAGUGCCAGAUUGGGUGAUAAUCCCAGGAGGGAAUCUGGGCAACAUCUAUGCAUUCUACAAAGGGUUUCACAUGUGCAGAGAAUUAGGGCUUGUUGAUAGGAUUCCCAGGCUUGUCUGUGCUCAAGCAGCAAAUGCCAACCCUCUCUACCUGCAUUACAAAGCCGGCUGGAAAGGAGACUUCAAGCCCGUGAGGGCAAAUACGACAUUUGCGUCCGCGAUUCAGAUUGGCGACCCGGUUUCCAUCGACCGGGCGGUUUUGGCUUUGAAAAACUCAAACGGGAUUGUGGAGGAGGCGACCGAGGAGGAGCUGAUGGAUGCCACGGCUCAAGCUGAUUCGACCGGGAUGUUCAUAUGCCCGCACACGGGCGUGGCAUUGACUGCCCUCAUCAAGCUGAGGAGGAGCGGGGUGAUCAAGCCCACGGACAAGACGGUCGUGGUCAGUACUGCCCACGGGCUGAAGUUUACCCAGUCCAAGGUUGAUUACCAUUCGGGGGCGAUCAAGGACAUUGGGAGCCGGUUCGCCAACCCCCCGGUUCAGGUGAAGCCCGAUUACGGAUCGGUCAUGGAUGUUCUCAAGAAAUAUCUGCUGAACAAAGACUCAUCAUCCAGGAAAUGAAAUAUCGGACAAAGAUUUCGGCUAAGAAGGAGGCUCCAAUGAACUUUCUCUAAGAUCCACGUGAAGGGAAAUCUACUCUACGGCCAGCCGCGCAAUUUGUUGCCCGCCACUUUUUUGUAAUUAGUUGAAGUGUCAAUCAAAGGAAUUUGAGACCAACUUGUUGACAUGUCAUUCAGCAAAAGACUUGUAGACCUUUUGAAAUAUCAUUGAGCAGAAGACAUAGCAAAAUGGGUAUAACUGGUAAAUGG